UCCAUCUUAGCUGUUCUUAAGAAGUUUAUGUUUUACUUUAUUCUCAUUUCAAGAAUUUGCUUACAGGCACUAUAAAUGUUCAUACCUAAUCAUAUCAGUACAAACCAACUCGAAGACUCUUUCAUCUUUUCUUCCCGUAUACUAAAAUGGGAACAAUGAGUUCAACUAGCCUUGCAAUUUUGGUUCUUUUUGGAUUGUAUAGUUCAGCAUUUGCACAACUAAAAAAGGGUUUUUACUCUCGAAGUUGUCCAGAAGCUGAGAAAAUAGUACUAGAUUAUGUUAACGAACAUGUUCCACAUGCUCCAACAUUGGCCGCUACGUUUAUCAGAAUGCAUUUUCACGACUGCUUUGUCAGGGGAUGUGAUGGAUCUGUGUUAUUGAACAGAACGUCAUCAAACAACCCAGUGGAGAAAGAGGCUCCACCUAAUCUAACCCUUCAAGGUUUCGAUUUCAUUGACAGAGUAAAAGCCUUGCUAGAAGCUGAAUGCCCCCAAACAGUUUCUUGUGCAGAUGUUGUAGCUUUGGUUGCAAGAGAUGUUGUUGCUAUCACUGGGGGACCUUCAUGGAAAGUCCCCACUGGACGAAGAGAUGGCUCUGUUUCAAACCAAGCCGAAGCUUUAAAUCAGAUCCCUGGACCAUCUGACAAUUUUACUGAACUUCGCACAAGUUUCGCAAACAAAGGACUUAAUGUGAAAGAUCUUGUUCUUCUAUCCGGUGCUCAUACAAUUGGUAUCACUCAUUGUAAUGAAUUCUCUGACCGUCUCUACAACUUUACUGGUAAAGGAGACCAAGAUCCUUCUUUGGACAGUGAAUAUGCAACAAAUUUGAAGAAUAAGAAAUGCAAAACGAUCACAGAUAACACAACAUUAGUUGAAAUGGAUCCAGGGAGUUUUAGAACUUUUGAUUUAAGUUACUUCAAAAAUUUAGUCAAAAGACGAGGUCUAUUUACAUCUGAUGCGGCUCUAAUAACUGAUUCUACUUCAUUAUCCUACGUCACUGAACUUGUUAACGGAAAUUUAUCAAAAUUCUUCACGGAAUUUGCCAAGUCCAUGGAAAAGAUGGGCAAAGUUGGAGUUAAAGUCGGAACUGCCGGAGAGAUAAGGAAGCAGUGUGCCAUUGUUAACAGCUAAAUUGCUUGUUAAUUUCUUUAAUGUCUGUUUGUUGUUUCUUUUAUCGGUUUAGUUCCUUGCUUGUUUUUCUUUCUUAUGUCUCUGAUCAAUGGACAGGAUCAAGAAAAGUUGGUUCAUAUCUAUUGUGUUUUUUAUUGGUGUGAUCA